AUGGAUGAAAUCAAAGCCAAGGACAGGAUCAUUUUUUCCCUGGAAAAGGAGCUGGAAACCCAGACAGGUUAUGUACAGAAACUGCAGCUGCAGAAAGAGGCUUUGGAUGAACAGCUCUUCUUGGUGAAGGAGGCUGAGUGUAACAUGAGCAGUCCGAAGCGGGAGAUCCCAGGAAGGGCAGGAGACGGCUCUGAACACUGCAGCAGUCCCGAUUUACGAAGAAAUCAAAAAAGAAUAGCUGAAUUGAAUGCCACUAUAAGAAAAUUAGAGGACAGGAAUACCCUGCUUGGAGAUGAACGAAAUGAAUUGUUAAAACGUGUGCGGGAGACUGAAAAACAAUGUAAACCUCUCCUGGAAAGAAACAAGUGCCUCGCCAAAAGAAACGAUGAACUGGUGGUGUCUUUGCAGCGCAUGGAAGAGAAACUAAAAGCCGUUACCAAGGAGAAUUCAGAAAUGAGAGAAAAAAUAACAUCUCACCCACCUUUGAAAAAAUUAAAAUCUCUAAAUGACCUCGACCAAGCUAAUGAAGAACAAGAGACAGAGUUUCUGAAACUUCAGGUCAUUGAGCAACAGAACAUUAUUGAUGAGCUCACAAGG